AUGAAUUAAAUUAUCUAAUACACAAAAUCUAAUUAAAAAAAAGAAAUCAAAUUAAAACCUAAAAAAAUAAAUAGAAUUAAUUUUAAAAUUUCAAGUAUAAUCAAAAGUAAAUAAAUAAAUUGUUUUUACCUAAGAUCAAGCUCCAAUUAUCAGAUUAAAGUAAACUUUGUUAAUGCAGAAAACAAAGCUAAUCCUCAUCACCAAUCUAUUUAUAACUUUUUUACAUUAAUGAAAAUAUAAUUUAGAAGGAAAAAAUAAAGAAGAAAAAAAAAUGUAUUAUUAAAAUAAAAUGAGAUGUGUAAUAAAUAUAAAAUAAAUAUUGAAAGCAAUAUUUAAUAAUUUGAUUACAAAAAAGGAUAAAGGUAAGACUGGAUAAUAAUUUAAUUAUUUAAAUUGAAUAAUGUUAAAAAGACCAUGGUUAUUUAUAAAAAUGAAUUUACUGGAGAUUGA